AUGUCAUGCUGUUAUAAUGAUUCUGCACAUAAGUUGCAGCAAAAUAACCUUUUUGAAAUAGGGGAAGUGCUACCAGAGAAAGACAUGACAGAGGCGACAAAAAUUGAGGCUGAAUUGAAUGCAAUCGAUUCGAUGGAAAUUACAGCCGUGGGCGGGGGGACUACCCUUGGCGGUCCUCCUGGCAAGGCCAACUGA